GGCCGUGGGGCGUCCUUCCUAACCUCCAGAAUUUGUUAAAUUCCAUUUCUCUCCAAAAGAAGAAAGGAGGAAGGAAAGAACUCAAAGAAGAACGCUCAAUUUUUUGGUUUUUGACAGGCACCAUCAAAAUUAUUUGACUGAUCGAAUUCAAAAGAGAAAAAAAAAAGAAAGAGAAAGAAACCAGAAUCCUUUUUAUCACUUCCGCAGUCAUCUUUGAAUUCAAUUUCUCCCAUAAAGCCUUGCAUCUCAAGUUCGACAAACCCUAGAAUCACCAGAGAGAUGGAUGAUAGCUGUGCCGUCUGCGCUGAACACCUCGAAUGGGUUGCGUACGGACCAUGCGGCCACCGCGAGGUCUGCUCAACCUGCGUCGCUCGUCUACGUUUCAUCUGCGACGAUAACCGUUGCUGCAUCUGCAAAACCGAGUCCAAAGUCGUCUUCGUCACGAAGGCUUUGGAAGACUAUACAAGGCUGAUAAAUGACUUUUUAGUCUUCCCGUCCAAUUCAACAGAGGGUCAAGUUGGGUCGUUCUGGUACCAUGAGGACACACAAGCUUACUUUGAUGAUAUAGACCACUAUAAGAUGAUCAAAGCAAUGUGUAGGCUUUCGUGUAGUGUCUGUGAUAAGAUGGAGAAUCAAGGGAAUGAUGGCUCUAAACGAAGAGGGAAAUUUAAGAGCAUUGAGCAGUUGAAGGGUCAUUUGUACCACCAGCAUAGAUUAUUCAUGUGUAAUCUGUGUUUAGAAGGAAGGAAGAUAUUUAUUUGUGAACAAAAGCUAUAUACUAGAGCACAGUUAAAUCAACAUACAAACACAGGUGAUUCAGAGGUGGAUGGUAGUGAGAGUGAAAGAGGUGGCUUCAUGGGUCAUCCUAUGUGUGAAUUCUGCAGAACCCCAUUUUAUGGGGAUAAUGAGCUCUACUCACAUAUGUCUACUGAACAUUAUACCUGUCAUAUAUGCCAAAGGCAGCAUCCAGGACAAUAUGAAUACUACAAAGAUUAUGAUGACUUGGAGAUCCAUUUCCGCCGAGAGCAUUUCCUAUGUGAGGAUGAGGCCUGCCUUGCUAAAAAAUUCAUUGUUUUUGCGUCCGAAUCCGAUUUGAAGAGGCAUGAUGCUAUUGAACAUGGGGGACACAUGUCUCGUUCUCAGCGGAAUGCUGCACUUAGGAUACCGAUUAGUUUUCGAUACCGGCGAAACAAUGAACAAGAGUUUCGCCGUGGAAGGGGAAGGGGACGAGGGCGUGGACGAGGAUUUCGUCUUGAUUCCUCAGAAGAUCAACUCUCACUGGCCAUUCAAGCCAGUUUUGAAACGGCCAAUGCAGAAAUGUCAGCCCAUGAUCCAUCCUCCAGUGGGCAAGAUAUUUCUGAUCGUAGAGAGAGGAUUGAAAUGGAUGCCAUUGUUGAGCCAUUUGAAUCAAUAACUACAAUUGAAUCUGAGCCAUCUUCAAGAUACCUCCAGGCACUUGGCCAAAGCUCUAGGAACACAGCUCUGGAAGAAUCCUCCUUUCCUCCUCUUUCCACAGCACCAGGAAGUAGUCACCAGACACUAGGACAGACCUCUAGGAAUGCAGCUAUGGAAGAAUCCUCCUUUCCUCCACUUUCUGUGGCACCAGGAAGUAGUCAGCAGAAAGUUAGACAUGAAUCAGAAGGAUUAGCCAACACCACAAUGGCUGCACGCCUCCGUCGCCGUAGUAAUGGAACUGUGACUGUUCUCAAUUCACCUCAAGUUCGGCCACCGACUAGUCGUGGUCCUGCAACAUCAUCUAAUAGUUAUGUGCAAUCUAGAUCUACAAAUUAUGUAGUUGCAUCAUCUUCUGGUUCUACCAGUUCUACCCAGAAUAAGCAGGCGAUGGCUAAUGGGACAACGGUACCUAGUUACGCAAGCUUUGCUCAGUCCAGGCCGGCAACGGUUCACGGACUUGCUUCAACUAGUUCUGCUAGUUCUUCAUGGAACUCAAGUAGUGCAAGUAGGGUCAGCCAUUCUUCUUCAUCCCCUAAUCUUGUGGGGACAGCAUCUCUGGACUCUUCUAUGUCUGAUUUUCCUCCUGUUUCUGCAACACAGAAGCCCAAGCUUACUUCAAAUUCCCAGUCCUUACCUAAUGUGGAAGAUGUUCAUACUGCAAACAAGACUUUGGUUGAAAGGAUCCGUUCUGCUUUAGAGUUUGACGAGAACAAGUAUGCUGCUUUUAAAGAGAUAUCUGCAGAGUAUCGUCAAGGUGUAAUUGGCACAGGUGAAUAUCUGUCUUACACUGAGCAGUUUGGCCUGUCACAUCUUGUUCCUGAGCUAGCAAGACUCUGCCCUGAUGCCCAGAAGCAGAAAGAGUUGCUUGACACUUACAAUGCCAAUUUGUUGAGUUCUAUAGGGGAGAAUGCUCGAGGCAAAAGCAGAACUCGUUCUAAAGAUUGUAAUGGAGCCGGUAAAGGUAAAGGGAAAUGCAAGGAUGAUGCUGAUAUUAGCCCGAAAGAAACCUUGGCAGAUAGUAUCAUUAGCACUGUUAGGAAGCUUCAGCUAAAUUCUAAGCCUUCAGAAGAACAGGUGGAGGUAUUGACAAAGGAUGGGUAUCGAGCUUCAAAAGGAAAAUCAAAGGUAUCAGUUGAUAAUCAGGUAGGGUUGAGUUCUGCCAAUUGGCAGCCUUCUGAUUCAAGAGGCCAGAAUGGUUAUCAAUCAGCUCCUGGUACCAACCAAAACUUGGGGGGUGGAGGAGGCAAUAAGCAACGGAAGAAAACUUCAAAAUUCCAUAGGGUCCGUCUAGGUGAUGGCUCAGUAGCAUCAAUUUUGGGCCUUAGAAAUCCUGAUCCCGGACCUGACCAGGAGGAAGAAACAACAGAAGAUGGGAAGAACCCUUUGGAAGGGAUGCCAGUUCGUGGUGUAUGGCGGAAGGGUGGAGGUCAGAGACUGGUAGCAAUGACUCAGAGAGACCCAACAAAGUGACAAUUUUGUCCGCGGAUCUGUUGGAUGGUGCUAGUUUUUUGGGUAGCUGCAAUCCAUAGAAUUGAUAUAUAGUGGAGCUAAUUUCUUUUUGGCCCCAUGAACAUGUUUAUAUUUUGGGAUUAGUUCCCAUGCAACCGGCCACCGGGUUUACUAGUAUAAUUUGAUGGGUAUAGACGUAUAGUCGUAUCACUGGAGAAAAAAAUGUAAAUUUGAGGUUUUCAACUUUUGGGCUGUAUUUGCAUGAAUUCGAUUUGUCUGGUUUUGGAUUUUGUUUUAAUGGAUAUCUGCACUUGGAGUCAGGCGUACGUGUAGAAGUGCCUGACAAAUUCUGUUCUUGGUUAUUGGUUAAUGGUUAUACAUUGUUUUGGGCGGAAAGUCGGAAACUACUGUUAUAUACAAUAGAAAAUCGUUUGCCUUU